AUGUAUUCGUAUCUAAAUGAAAGCGAUGAUUCCACCACGGUGAACAUCAGUGCUUAUGGGAAAUUCCUCCCAGGAAAGGGAAACCAGCUCCUCACUAUCGGGGCUAAAUAUUUGCGAUUAUUUCGCACCAAUCCUUAUACGCUAAGCCCACCAAGGGAUACGACUGAGGAAUGGCAACAAGGAACGAAGUUGGAAUGCGUUUAUAGUUGUCGAUUUAUGGCUCCCAUUCAGUCGUUCGCUAAGGCGAAGCUUCCCGGGUACACAGCUUCUGACGCUAUGCUGCUGGCCUUCGAGGGUUGCAAUGUGUCCGUUGUCGCCAUUGAUGGAGAGGACAGAGCACUCAGUACCAUUUCCCUGCACAGUUUUUCAUCUGAAUUCAAGCGUGAUGGCUUCACGCACCACUUUCAUGAGCCGAUUGUUAGGGCUGAUCCGGCAAAUAGAUGUGGUGCUGUCAUCGUUUAUGACAGGAUUCUUGGCAUACUGCCUUUCGAUGGCGAUUUCAUAAACAGUUUCUCAAUCCCACUAUCAGAGAUCGAUCAUCGGCUUGAAAAUGUGGUCGAUAUAGUCUUCCUCGAUGGAUAUUAUGAACCUACACUACUAUUCCUUUACGAGCCACAUCAGACAACAGCGGGAAGCUUCAACGUUUUGAUUUCCAACUCAAUAGUUCCCUUUAGAGCAUCAGUGCGGUAUGACACAAUGCACUUGCUGGGAGUAUCAGUAAAUGUUUUUGACGAACAGGUAGCUAUCGUGUGGCAGGUCGGAAGUCUUCCUAUGGAUUGUAAUAGGCUGGUGGCUAUUCCGAAACCGUUAGGAGGUGUUCUUGUGGUUGGAUCGAAUGAGGUGAUCUACCUCAACCAAUCAGUUCCCCCUUGUGGGAUUAGCCUUAAUAGUUGUUACGAUAACUUCACGAAGUUCCCUUUGAAGGAUUUGAAGCACAUGUCGAUGACAUUGGAUGCCGGCGCUGCAGAGUGGAUCGGCGAUAAUCGUAUUGCAUUAGGAACUCUUUCUGGCAGGCUUUUUAUCCUAACAUUGGUCACUGAUUCCUCUGAAACAGUGCGAUCACUUACUAUGGAGCAUGUUUUCGACACAUCAAUCGCUUACUGCAUGUCUCUGUGUGCUCCUGGAUUCUUGUUCAUUGGUUCUCGACUUGGUGAUUCACAACUCUUAGAGUUUUCUGUGGAAAAGAAAGAGAAAGAGAACAUAGUUAUCGAUGAAGAUGAUAUUGAACUUUAUGGGGAACGUAUUAUUGAACAAGUGGCCCCUGUUGUAUCAAAUGUGGAGGAGAAGCUGACGUUUCAUGAAUUAGAUCGUCUGACCAACAUUGGUCCCAUUAAAGCGAUGACAGCAGGCGGAGCUCAUGGAAGCAGUCCGAUCCUGCUUGAACAAGAGCGAUCGGAUCCUCUGUUUGACAUUGUAAAGGCCACUUCAUUCUUCACCAUGUUACCGCGUCAGGCUAUGCUGUCAAUGGCUCGAUUUGUGUGCUUCAGAGAACGGUUCGGCCUGAUAUUAUCACGAGCAUUAAGUUAUCUCUUGGUUGUUCAUUCGCUGUUCAGCCUACAUGAUGCACAGCAACUUUGGGCAGUUGGUCGACGAGAGGAUGAUUCGCAUAAGUACCUUAUUGUUUCCCGAACGCGUUCUUCUCUUAUUCUUGAAUUGGGCGAUGAUAUGGUUGAGUUAGAAGAACCACUUUUUCUGUCAGAUGAGCCGACCGUUGCUGCAGGAGAGCUCGCUGAUGGUGGGCUCGCUGUUCAGGUUACCUCUCUUCGAGUCGCUUUGGUGGCAGAGGAGAAGCAAUUGCAACAAAUAGAUCUCGAUUCUAAUUUCCCAGUUGUGGCUGCCUCUAUUGUUGACCCUUAUGUUGCUCUUCUUACUCAGAAUGGUCGGCUAAUGCUCUUCCAUCUCGUAAUGCAUCCCCAUGUCCACAUAAAGGAAAUAGACAUUUCAACAAGUGCUUUUGCCGAGAAGACUAUUCACCAUCGAGCUCCGCUUACAGCAUUAUCUAUUUAUCGUGAUAUGAGUGGUCUGAUGAUUUUUUCGGAAGGCGCAGAUGAGAGUGCACUGAACGAGAGGAGGUUUUCUAAACCGAAAAAGAAAAUGGCAAGCCGACAUGGUACGUUGGAUUCUGUUGAUAUUGAUCUUUAUGGAGAAGAAGCCGUCUCUCUGUUACCGCCGGUUGUGGAUGAGGAAGAGCUUCUUUACGGUGACGUAGCAACAAACAAGAAAGGUCUCACAUUUGGCCAAAUGAGUAUUUUUUACGUUUUUCAUUGUGACUUGAAUUCAGAUGAUGGUAUUCGUAAGAGAAAACGCAUGGCUGAGAUAACAAGUAUCACAACGGGUGGUGAGGAGUCGGAUGCAAUUGAUCCUAACACAGUGGAACCAACAUAUUGGCUUAUAUUGGCUCGUGAUAGCGGAAAGAUUGUGGUGCAUUCUCUUCCAGAUAUGGCAAUAGUAUACCAGGUACACCUUUUUGUGAUUUAUUGUGCUUCUGAAAAUUUGAAGGAAAGCGUCGGCUAUGAAUACAACAUUUGGUUCGAUAUUUUCUUGAAAUUUGGACUAAUGCCUGAACAGAUAACUGAUCUUAUGCCUGAUGAAGAGGAAAAGGAUAAAAAAGAGCAAGAGGCUCGAGCAGAGCAAUUUGAGAAUUCUUCUACGCAGUUUCGGCCUAACGAACGAAUCGUAGAAGUGCAAAUUGGAUAUUUUACAACAGGCAUGGGUAUAAAUCAAGGACACCCAAUAUUAAUGGCAGUUAUCGAUGACCAAGUUAUUGCAUACGAAAUGUUUAAAUGGAGGAACCCCUUGAAAGAACACCUUGCUAUUGGAUUUCGUCGGCUGCCGAUGACUGUCACUAUUAGAUCUGCUCCAUUUAUGGGGCAUGAUGGAAGGAGAUCCGAGAUGAACGGGGUUGUGCUCUCAGGAGCCUUUCCAUGUUUGGUUUUAGUAGGAGCGUGGGGUGGGCUGCAAUGUCAUCCGCUAACAAUUGAUGGUCCAAUAUCCGCAUUUACUUCAUUCAACAAUCAAAAUGUUCCUAACGGUUUUCUGUACAUAGCCAAGAAUUUGCACGAGUUGCGAAUUGCUCGACUGCAGGUAGAGAACCUUAUGAGUAAAAUCUUGUUCACACUGUAUUUUACGGACUUCGAUUACGAACUGCCUUAUCCUUGUAAGAAAGUACCCGUUGGAGCAACAGUGCACCACGUGCGCUACAUGAUGAAUAGUCAAGUGUAUGCUGUGACAACGUCUGUACCGAUAAAAAGCAAUAAAAUAUGGGUUGUGGUGAAUGAUGACAAGCAGGUCGAAACACAUGAGAAGAACGAGAAUUUUGUACUUCCAUCCAUACCGCAGUACUCCUUAAAUUUAUAUUCUCCAAUGGACUGGCAAGUUGUUCCUAAUACGGAUAUAAAGUUUGAAGAGAUGGAGGUGGUGACAGCUUGUGAAGAAGUCACUCUUCGCUCCGAGUCAACGAUUAGUGGGAUGCAACCGUACCUUGCUGUUGGCACAAUUAAUAACUAUGGAGAAGAGGUGCUUGUUCGGGGUAGGAUUAUACUGGCAGAAAUUAUUGAAGUAGUACCAGAGCCUGGGAAGCCUACAUCUAAACAUAAAAUAAAGGUUGUUUAUGACAAAGAACAAAAAGGUCCUGUCACAGCGCUAACUUCCAUAAAUGGUCUUCUUCUCAGUGGAAUGGCGCAGAAGGUCUUCAUUUGGGGUUUCCGUGACAAUGAUUUGCAAGGGAUUUCAUUUCUCGACAUGCAUUACUACGUGCAUUCUCUGGAGCAGUUCAAAGCCUUAUCUGUUGCAUCGCGAGAUGAUCGUCCUUAUGUGUCAUCUCCAAUGGCUGCACAAUUUCUUGUUGACAACAAUCAUCUGGCGUUUCUAAUGUCUGACGAGGAUGGCAACAUUUGCUUGUUUAACUAUAUGCCGGAAACACAAGAAUCGAACGGUGGAGAACGGCUUGUACUACGGGGAGUCUUAAAUAUUGGGACCAAUGUUAAUUCCUGGCUGAGAGUUAGAGGCCAUACAUCUUUACUAUCUCUAACUCCAUUGGAAGCCAAGACUGCAAUGCAGCAGCAGACGUGUGUCUGGGCGUCAUUGGAUGGUUCUAUAGGGAUUGUUCGACCAAUAUCCGAACGGCAAUUCAGGCGGUUACAUUUUUUGCACCAAUGCAUGAGCAAUUCUGUUGGACAGCUUGCUGGAUUAAAUCCAAAGGGUGCUCGUGGAGGUAAACCAAUUCGCCCAUUGAUUAACUCAGCAAAUAAUAAGAACAUGGUUGAUGGUGAAUUGGUGGAGCAGUUUAUGCAUCUAUCAACAACUCGAAAACAGGACUUGGCUAGAAGUCUUGGCGCAAGCCGGUAA